AUGCAUCUAAGAAAACGUGUUAAAAGAAAUUCGACAUCAUCUGCUGAAGAAUCUCGAGAACAAGCAGAAAAAACAAAAAGUUUUAUGAUCACAAAAAGAGAAGAAGAAGAAAUUGAAAGCCUUGAGGCUGAAGUCGACCCGGAUGAUUCGAUUCAUGAAAUGAUUGAUGUAGAAAAUGAUGCAAUUAUUCAGGUCGAAGAAGGAAGAGCAUCAACAAGUUCACGCCAAACUCUUCUCGACACGCCUAAUAUAAGCUUACAAAGUCACAAUGUGGAUGAUAAACCUAAAUAUAUAAUGAGAAAAAUUCCUCGAAACACUUGGGUUAGUCGUCGAAGUCAAAAUUUCAAUCCUGUUGACACAAUUCUUGGAUUUUCAAAAACUGGAAAAAGAGAAAGAGUUUUAGCGCCUGAUGCUAAAGAUCCAUCAUUCAGUUUUACAGGAAAUCACAAGUUAUUUCCGUAUCCGGUUUAUUAUGAUAUCAUAAUGCGCGCAAAGCACGAUCCAUCGAUUAUCAGCUUAGAUAUACCAAAGUUAAGACCAUCUGCUGGAAGUAUCAUUGUCUACGAUUGUAAAGGUGCGGAUCAUUAUCGACAAAUACAUAAUGAUGGUUAUCGAUGGGGCCGAUCGAAAGGUGUUAAACUUUUACAGAGCGUUGGCAAUAAACUUGUUCGAACCUACCAUUUUUUGUUCAGCCCACAAAAUCCUGCUGGCGAUCCAGCCUUCAAAAAAUAUCGUUUUAACUUAAAGGACGAUCCUUAUGGCAUUCUCGUCUUUCAUUAUAUUGGCGAUGAGAAAAGAGCAUUAGCUGUUUCUGAAAAGUGCAUGGAUAAAACAAAUGCAAUGGUAUUACUGGAACGUAGUCGACAAGAUAUUGAAGCUCCACCACUUUUAAAUCUGAUUCCCGUUGCUGAGUUAAAUAAUAAUGCAACCGAAGAUGAACGUGAAAGAUAUCGACAGAUCAUUUUUGAAAAUGUGCAAACUAUUCAAAGAAAUUUAGCGUUUGAAAAUGGGGAACCUUUUAUUGAUAAAGUUGAACUUGAUGAAAAUGGUAAUGUCGGUGCCGUUAUUCUGUUUUGUCAUCCAUUAAUGGAUCAGUUAAUUGGAGUCGCAAGUUAUCUGCAACAAAGCAAUCCAUUCCGCACUGUCUUACUUUUUUAUCAUACCGAACCAUGUUCAUCAGAAUUUUAUCUUUCUACUUUGACCUUUGUUCAUCCAUUUUUCGAAGGAGAUCAAAUAAUACCUGUUGCUUUUAUGUUGAGUUCCUCAUCUUCACCUUCAAGACAAGCAGAUCAUGAUUUUUUUUUAUCUACUAUAUGUGACAGAUUUAAUGAUCUACAAAAUGGUCGAUUCGUUGUUGUGACUGGCCAAAAUCUUCAUUUUACUCCUGAAGCAUUUCCUGUCGCUGAACAUUUUCGUUGUUGGAUCGAUUUUAAGAGGAUAAAAAUGGCUUAUUUGGAAAGUAACACCGAAGUGGAUCAAAAUCUCAGUGAAUAUGCAAAUGAUAUGAAUAUUUUGAUGAGUUGUCAAACAGAAAAAAAAUUUGAUGAGGUUUGGGCGAGGAUAUCAUCAUGUAAAAGAUAUACUGAUUAUCCAGAAAUCAUGAAUUACUUCGUGAAUGUAUGGAUCGAUUUUAAAUUUUCGAGUGCAAUUUGGAUUUUAAAGCCUGCUGGAGUUCCAGAAGCAGAAAAAGGCAUUAUUUGGCGCGGUAGCAACGACCUUAAAAAAGUUGUGGCGCAACUCUGUGAAAAUAAUGCUCAAGCUGACAUCAUCAUCAUUUCAUUAUUUCUUUUGUCCAAUGCAUAUCGCCGUCUUUUCAUAGCUGGUUUGCAUCAGUGUGGAGGAUGGCGAUUGAAGAAGUGUUAUCGAGGAAGAUUUCAGCAAAGUCACCUUAGAUUACCGAAAUUGCCGUAUGCACCAGCUAUGGAGAACAUUGUUCUAACGGCAUUCAAGUACUGUCCUGACCGUUCUUAUAAAAAUAAUCACGUUACUAUAUCGGACGUUAUUCCAAAUACUGAUUCUAAUGUUUAUAACCCUUCAAAUUGUGCUGCUUCAUCAUCUAUUUCGAAUUCACGCCUUUGGUCACCACAAGACACUUCAGCAUAUCGAAGUGGCUUGGAUAUGUCGUCUCGUUUUACAGAUAUGAAAUUAGUACCAUCAGUACGUUUGGUUAGUCCAAUGACCUUUAUUGUACGGGGUAAAUCUGGAUUUCCGCACGUAGUUGAAGCAACGCAAGCUGAAGAAGGCGAGCCGUUGCAGUGGUACUGCAGUUGUGGUAGUCGAGAGCAAUGUCAACAUGUCAGAAAAACGCUGUAA